UUAAGUCACAAAAGCAAUCUAAGGGCUCGUCGCGCUGACGUCUUUUUGUGCCGUAUUGUUAGUUUGUUUCUUCUUUGAAAUCCCGGUGUGUUGUCACCCUCGCUCGUCUCGGGACGGGGGUGGGGGAAGAAGGUGCACCUUUGCGCAGAGGCAGCCUCGCUCGCUCGGCGCCCGAGAGGCUCCUCUGGGUGCACAAAAGGCAGCGGCUCGUAGUGCAACUUCACUUGGGAGGAGUGAACCGGCCGGCCGCACAGAGCACACUCCGGAUCCGACGAAUCGGCACUCGUACACGGCAGCCGGCAGCCCCAAUCCACUAGAUCGACGGUAAGCACGCUGGCAGUGAACAUCUCUGCACCAUGGUGAAGACCAAGUCAUCCGGGAGGAAGAGCUCGCUCUCAAUUCGCCAAGAGCCAGCAUCAGGGGAAAGUCCACAGCGGGCCCACAGUAUUCCCGAUCCUACCGAGGCUUCAGCGAAAUCCCUGGUGGACAUCCAGGCAAAGGGCGACUGCUCGACUCAGGUCAAGCCACUGUGGAGGCCCAUCCCUCCACUGCUGCCAGAGCCUAACAAGGGGGAUACCCCUGACACCCGAGACCAGAGCUGUCAGACUGAGGAGUCAACUGCUAGCACUCACAGUACAGGUCACUGUGUUGAACCUGGAGACCCUCCUGUGCUGCAGCAGCCCCUGCACACGUCCAAAUCUGGAAUCCACCAGAUCAUUGACUGCUUUCGUUCAGGCACGAGCCAACUGAGGCACAUGCUGCUAAAAGAGGUGGACACCAUCUUUGAGUGUAAAGUAUGUCGAAGUCUGUUCCGAGGUCUGCCCAACCUCAUCACGCACAAGGAGUACUACUGCCUGUCAAGGCUGCCCGAGUACGACGGCGAUGACCGUCAAAGUGUGGCCCUGCAGGAUUUGACAGACAUCAUCUAUCACAGAGCGGAGCGACCAGAUUACGUGAUGCGACUGGAACCCAUCCAGACAACCAGCAAGGCCAUGUACCAGUACCUCACCACGGAGGAAGAGCUGGCUCGCUAUCCGUCACGAGCGCCCAGUGCCAGGCAGAGUCCGGUCGCGUGGGAAGGCGAUUCAGGGGAGGCUGAAAACAACCAGAACGGCCCACCCCGAGGUUCCGAGAGCCCGGCGCACAGCCAGCACAGCCAGAGCCGGAAGAAGUGGGAUGAGGAAGAAGCGAAAGAAGACGCACCACAACCGGAAGACGAGGGGUCUACCAGUGGGGUGGAGGACGUGACGAUCUCGUGCUGUCUGUGUGGCCAAGAUUUCAACUCGCGCCGCAGCAUCCGACGUCACUGCCGUAAAAUGCACAAGACCAAACUAGAGGAGCUUCGCAAAUUCACGGAGACUCGCACGGUCCCGACCAGCCUGCUCUCCAUGGUUAAAGGUCGGCCACAAUCUAUAAGUACCCCCCCUGGAAAGUCGUGCCCAGUCUGCCUCAAAGUGUUCGCUACCAAAACCAACGUUCGGCGGCACUUUGACGAGGUGCACCGUGGCCUUCGGAGGGACGCCAUCACCCCGGCUAUCGCUUCGCGGCCCGGCCAGCCCCUUUCUCUGGACGCCACUCCUCCUAGGAAAGGCAGUAGCGCCUCGCCGCCUCGGAGCGGCAACUCAAAGUCCACUUCCGUCCCUGCUAAGGCGGCGCUCCCGAACCAGAAUCGCGCAAAGCCGGCGAGUCAAACCCCGAGCUCUGCGGACGAGGCGAACCAAAUGCCGAGUCGCUGCACUUUGUGCAAAAGAAACUACAGCUCCCAGCUCAUGUUGAAGAGACACAUGCGUAUCGUUCACAAAAUUUACAGCGUGAAAAGUAACCGAUCGGCCACAUCGUCAGGCUCGACAACUCCAACUACGCCGGCGAGCAACGGCGGUAAAGCGCCGCCAAGAAACAGCAUCCAAGUCAAAGAAGAAGCGGUCGAAGCCUCAGAGGACGAGCAAGACGAGGACCUGGACCUCAGCCCGCCUGCAUCUCCGGCUCACAGCACCUCGUCCAGUAAAAGUGACCCCGGCUCCCUCAAGGUGAAGGAGGAAGAUACCCCGUGGAGCCCCAAGGCGGCCGUCGGUGGGACGGCCGCGCCUCAGGCGGCCAAAAGCAAACUGUCGGUGGGUUUCGACUUCAAGCAGCUCUUCUGCAAGCUUUGCAAGCGCCAGUUCAGCUCGCGUCAGAACCUGUCCAAACACAUCGAGCUGCACAUGGACGGAAACGACAUCUUCAUCAAGUUCUACCGCUGCCCGCUGUGCCGCUAUGAGUCGCGCCGCAAGCGGGACGUGCUACGCCACGUGACCGUGGUGCACAAAAAGUCCUCGCCUUACCUGGCUAAGAUCAUGCCCAAACUGGAGAGCCGGGCGAUCAAGCGCCUCGCCGAAGCUGUCCUCAAUAACGCCAACCCCAAGAGGGCCCGCGGUGGCAAGGGGGAAGUCAACGGACGCCCCGCCUCUGCCGCAUCCUCCCCUUGCCCGUCGCCUCCCGUCACCCGCAAGCAAGAUGGCGGCACUGCCUCAUUCUCUGUUCCUCCUUCCACCUCAGCUCGGAAAACGCAAGAGCCGUCAUCUCCGACGCCCGCCCCCUCGCCGCCUGUCACGCGAAAGCAGGACAGACAACAGGCUCAUCAGUCCGGGGCCGUCAGCCCCCCGAUGACCCGCCGCAGUGACAAACACUUGCACCAGCGCAACUCACGGCGCCACGACGCAUCGUCGGACGACAACCCCUCUGGAUCGUCCUCCACUGAAGUCCGAGUGACCAAAAACUUCUCCUUACACGCCUGUGACCAGUGUGGGCGCGCCUUUGCAAAGAAGUUGUACUUGGAAUCUCACAAGCGAAGUCACCGCAACGCAGCGACGGCGGCAGGCAGCAGGAGGAAAGGAGUCAGCACGCGCUCCAAGUCCAUGGUGUGGUGAAGAACAACAACAAACGCAGUGUGAGAACUGUCUCUGGACACUCUGUCAGUACUUCUGCACUCCGCCCAAAGGUUCUAUUCUUCCCCGCAGCGUCCCCUCGCCUGCCCCCGCUCGUUACAUUCACUCCACAGAAAGUAUGAGUGUACUUGAGUUAGUGGCUUAAGAGGUGUGUUUUUUCUUCUUUUUUUGGGGCCGGGGUUCUGAAGCGAAAUGUUUACCAUCGGUUUCUUUUAAAUCAUAUGAAAACUGGCUUGUUUUACAACACAAAGGACAGUUGGAAAAGUUUAUGAAAAUGGUGGAAAGUGGACCAGCGACAACCGUCAUGAUGGAAGCAAACAAUGGAAGUGCCACUAACACCACCCAUUCACACACACACAAGACUCAUUUUAAAUAUUUUUGUUUUGAAUGGGACGGAAUCAAGAAGUAAAAUGCCUGUAGUACACCAACUUUCCAAAAGAUGGUGCUGCCAUCCAGGGAAACAUUUUUAUUUCCAUGAAAACUUUGCUGGGCAAUGUGGGGAAUUUUUUUUUUCGUAGUUUAAGCACCAAUUCCAAACCCCAAGAGUCAGAAUAUAUAUAUAUAUAUAUAUAGAAGAUAUUUGUAUAUAUGUAUUUCCUUAACUUAAGUGCUAACUAAAAGCCACAUUGUUUGAUAAUCCGUCACGUUGAGUUAGAAAGUCCAAAGUAUGUGUUACAGGGUCUAACCAAGGCAUAGCAAAGUCCCCAAAAUAGGUUUGAUGUUCUCUUAAAUUGUGACUUUUUCCCUCACUUUUGCACGCACCCUUUUAAAAUUCCUACUUGUUCUUGUAUCUUACGUGAAUUCAUACCUACGUUUGGCUGCUGUGGGCUCCAGCAUAUCCGCAACCCUUGAAGCAGAAUAUAAGAUGGAUGAAUUUAUCCUGCCUUUUAACUGGAUUCUUUGAGAAUGAAAUACACAGUAUUGGUAUGUAUUCACUUGGAAUAAUCUGGUGAUUUAAGUCGUCUGGUAGUCUGUGAAUCACUGGCAAAACGAAGACCAAAUGUAAAUAGAGAUCAAACGGAAAAGUCUAACGGAACAAAAAAUGGAAACUAUUUUUACAUGACAAACGAAAGUGCAACAAGCUUAAAGGAGAAAGAUGUAUCCGCUAUUAAUAUCAGUUAAAAUGCCCACAGUAGUUCAUAUUAGUUCUAAACAAAUUGAGCUUUUUGUUUUGCGGCAAAAAGGUACUUUUUUCUUUCCCAUAACUUGAGUGAGAAACCUUUUGAAAUAUGAUCUGAAUGUAGAAACCUGAAACAAAUAAACAUUCAA